UAAAAGAUUAGUCCUUGAAAUUGUAUUGGAGUGGGCCCAUUGACUAAAAGCAACUCCUGAGAUGCCGAGUGUUCAACGUUUUCAACCUCCUGACGGUGGCUACGGAUGGAUGAUUGUGAUUUCGUCUGUGUUGAUCACUUCAUCCAUUACCCCAAUAGUGCAAUGCUUCGGCCUAAUAUACGAAAAGCCGUUCAAGGAGGCAGACAUUUCUGCGACCCAAAUUUCAUUCCUACUGCACCUGUAUAAUUCCAUCAUGUGUACAUUUUGUUUUGUGGCCGGGCCUCUGCUAAAAAAAUUCAGUUUCAGGCAAGUAGCGCUGGCAGGCAGUCUGGCUGUUAGUGUCGGGGUUUCCGCAACCUAUUUUUCGAGUAGGUAUGAAUAUCUGCUGGGCACCUUCUGCAUCUUUAUUGGCAUUGGGCAGGGGUUGAUUAUUCAAUCAGUCUCGUUGGCGAUAAAUACGUAUUUCAAAAAACGAUUGACACUGGCGAUGAGUUACUCGGUAACGGGAACGGGAUUGCUGCCCAUCGUAACUCCACAGGUCACAAAUCUUCUUCUUGCCAACUAUAACACGCAAGGGACAGUAUUAAUAUUAGCCGGCAUCUCGCUUCACUCUUUGGCUGGCGCUUUACUGCUUAGACCACCAUAUCGAAAGAGUAAACCAAAUCGUGAGCAGAAUGUUGCAGCGGAUGGCACAGCGGAUGAGGUGCGGUGCUUAAUUAAAGACGAACUAAAAUUGAGCGUGACCAGUAAAAUUAAGGCUUUGCUAAAUUUAGAGCUACUCAAAGAAAGCAGCUUUGUCAUCCUAAUUGUAGGAAUGUCAAUUUCUUACGUGGCCGAAUUAAACUUCAAUUUAAUCAACCCGUUCGUCCUAGCAGAACUGACGCAACUGAAUCGGGACGACGUUGCCUUAGCAAUGUCAAUACAGGCAUCGGGAGAUAUCACGGGAAGAUUGUUAAUUCCACUCAUCUCUCACAGGUUACACUUGCCAGCAAAGCACAUGUAUCUGACCACUUUGAUUGUGUCAUGCAUUGGAAGGCAAGUGCUAAUCUCUUUCUGUGAUACUCGAAUAGUGAUAUUAACCAUAUCGAUAUUGGUAGGGUUAGCGAAAGGAGCGCGAGCGGUGUUCCAAUCUUUAGUUUUGCCUGAGUAUAUUAAUAUUGAGCGUCUACCCGUCGCCACAGGAUUUUUGAUGAUUCUAAACGGAGUGCUCUCAAUCGCGAUUGGACCAAUUAUAGGUUUCGUUCACGAUUAUACAGACACGUAUAUCUACGCUCUUCAAACUGCCUCACUUCUGUCGAUGGGCUGUGUAGUAUUGUGGUUGCUAGAUCAACUUGUAAGAAGAGUGUGUCGGUCGCGUUCACACGAGGAGCAACAGCAAACCACAAUCUCGUGAUGUGAAUGAUAUUUCGAAUAGUUUUAUUUUAUAGUGCAGUUCAAAUUAAGUUUGGUAUGACUCAUGGUUGUAAUUUAGGUCAGAGCAAAAGAAUUACUGAUCACAUGUGUAAGGUAUAUACAGAUCCGUCUUGAAAGGCUGUGAUAGAACUAGUUACAUGUCAUGUCAUCGAGUGUUGGCCAAAAAGACGGCGAAUCGCUUCUGACAACUUUGGGUAGUUGCCGUGAUACCGUAGGUAUAUAUACCUAAUUGUUGUCUCAAAACUUUAAAAAAAUGCAGAUGAAAAUAUAUUCCACUUAUACACUACAUAAAAUCCAAGUCAACAAUCAACAAGGACUCCUAUUUUCAGGGGCUCACAAACACACUUAAAAUGAACCAAUCCAAUUCAACCAACCCAACCCUUACACUAAUAAACAAUCGUGAAAAACAAAUUCAGGGGCCGACACAACCCUAACAAAUUACCAAAAACUCAUAUGUCACAAAAAUUUAUCCACCGUUUCUGAGAUUUAACCCAAACUAGGUAUUUUUUAAUUGCAACACCCUGUAAAUCUUAACGUAAACUUUUUUGCAUUAUUUUUCGUGAUUACAGUGAUGCAUCACAACCUAUAUUUUUCUUUAAUUUUAGCAAUGAACCAAAGAUAAAACCUUAUUUUUUACGGUUUUUAAAUAGUAGGCCAUGGAUUUAUGGAGAGAUUUUGUUUUGUUUAUUGUAUCCAUGGCAGCCGAUACCAACCAAUAAAUGUGGCUGACGGUAAAAACACACGCCAUUUCAAAAUUGUGAAAAAUAUAUUACAUAAUUAUGCAUAUAAAUAAAUGUAGGUUCUGAUACAUCAAUGUAAUCAGGAAAACGAAUGCAAAAAAUUGAUAUUAAGAUAUAUAUAUAUAGUAUUGCAUUUAAAAAACACCAACAUAGCGCCAAAUCUCAGAUAUGGUGGCGCCGGGUCGCGAAAACCCCAAAAUACGACACACGGUACACUUUCAACCUGAAAUACAAUUAAAGAGACUUUUGUGUAACAUUCAACGCUCUAUUUAAAUAAAAAUUAAUCGUAUAUACGCAACUCUAACUAUAACUCAAAAUUUUGUUAAAUUUCUUGUUUACAGUGUACUAUGCGAUCAAAAAGAGUUGCUGUCGCUACACCUUUGGAAUUUUUGUGUACGUGGAAAAUCAUAUUUAACUUGAACUUCCAAAGACGACUCGACGUCAAUCCUUUUUUGAACGCCCCUUAUUUCAAACGAUGAUGACUAACUAAGGUAUCUCGGACUGUUACUAGUAUUUACUAAUCAAAUACAGAAAGAACGAAGAACACAAAUAAAUGAAUCGAUGUCCAACGGA